UUGGGUCCAGCGGCCUCCGCCCCCGCCGCUCCAUGAACAAGAGGCAUGGUUUCCCUCAGAGAUACUUCAUAUAAAUACAUGCAUGUAUGCGUGUCUGGGCAUAGGCACUGCAUUCCAUGUGUGCACAUGUGUGUGUACGUGAUUUGGGCAUGCCGUCUCCCUCUUUGGCCUGAGCUCCUUGAGGACCGACAUUGGGCUUUGGCCUUUCUUGGUCCUCCCUGGGCUUAGGGCGCAGAAGGCCCUGCGUAGCUGCUGACGGACUAACGCAUCCCCAAGCCCUGAUCACCUCUCCAUUUCGGAAGGAACGUUUCCUCGCUGGGCCUAGGAGAUGGGGAGGACGGGGGGACCAGGGGCUCCACGUAGCCAGGGCCCAGAGGGAGCAGCCACUGCAUUGUGGGUUCCCGACACUUGUCAGGCCCCACUCCGCCAACGAGGAAAUCGAGGACGAGGGGAGCCCCCCCGCAGGCUUUCCGACCCCAAGGACUCCACCCCCGCCCCAUCCUCCGUCAGAGGGCGAAGCGCUGGGGAUCCGGAAGAGGCAAGACCAGCCUGUGCCCUCCAGGACGGCCAGACAACCGCGUCCUGACACGAUGUGCACAGGGCAAACCGGAGCCAUCUCGGAGAGAUUUCGUUGUCGCUUUGUCCCAAUGGUCCGGCCUGGAAGGACCUGUUAAAUCCUGGCUCAAGGGGCAGACAGCCAGGCCUGGGUUCAAACCCGGCCUUAGACGCUUCCUAGGUGAGUGACCCUGGGCACGUCAUUUAGCCCCAGUUGUCUGAUCCCGACGACUGAGAGGAGCAGCUAAGUGGUCCUGCAGUCCAGAAGAUCUGCAUUCAAAUUCAGCUUCGGAUCCUGGACAAGACAAGCGCUGCUGCAGCAUCUCUGCCGGGCCACGAGGAGUGCACGGGACUGAAAUAACUGGCUGGGGCAGCCAGGGGGCUGAGUGAAUUGAGAGCCAGGCUUUCUGCCGUUGACGGAACCACUGACUGCCUUUCUCCGAGGCCCUGAUCGGCGUGCUAACUAGCACCGUGGCCGGCCUGGGUCUAACCACUGAGGCCAUGCCCAGUGCUUUCCCCGAAUCCGAGGAAGCCGUCACGAAGGCUGUCAAGCCAAGGAAGCGGGACAGCGGACGGGGGAGAGCGGGAGCCGGGGCCGGAGCCACCGGUGCCCAGCACGUGCCACGUGGCUAACCAGCCCAGAACACGCCCAGGCAUUUUCCUUGGCUGUCCCCGGGCCUCUGCAGGCAGGCCUGCCUCCAUCGGACCCCCAGCGCCCAUCUUCCAUCGCCACCCCCCCGACAAGAGGAUUGAAAAAGCAGAAGAAAACGGGAAGCUUGGGCUACUUCGAACACCCGUCCCAGGAGGCGGGUCAAGGAGCGAGAAUGCCACCCUCCUGAUGGGAAAACCAGAAUAUUUUCAUUUUGAGCCCUCCCCUUGCGUCCUGGAGGCAAUACUGCGCCAGGGUCACCCCGCUGGGAAGGGUCUGAGGCCUCCCGUCUCUAGCCUGGCUCUGCACCCGCUGAGCCACCCCGCUGGCCCCCAAAUUGUUUUUAGAAGCCUCGAGGCCAUCUCUAAGAAUCAUACAAACCGCUCCGGGCUGUCAGAUCUCCAGAUAAACAGAAGGACCGCCGGCACCUCCUGCAAGAAGGUCUCCCCACCUCCCCGUCCUCCGUUUGUCCUCGGCGACGGCCAGCUGGUUCUGUUGCCGCUGCCGGCCUGGGCUUUGGCCUGGCUGGGGAGGCCGCCUUCUUGUCUGUGCCCAGGACACUCUGGGCCUGGUUCUUUUGGGGACGUCAAGGGGCACCGUUCAGCGCUGAGCUCCCCGUUCUCGCCCCCCUCCGCCCUGAGAAGGCCGGCCCUGUGAUCUGGGCUGCUGUUUCCUUCUCCGUUGUAGAAUUGGGCAGAUUGUUUCUUUGCCUUUCUGCAAAAGCCUUCCUCGUCCUGUCUUGCGUCGCUGCCCUCCAGGCCGGUGACGGGCCCAGAGUUUAAGUCGGUGCCAGCCGGCGCCGUCUCUUUGGGGGCCAUUUGGAAACGUCCCGCCCCGAGCCCGGCGAGUGGGCCCCAACGCGUGAAUCCACAGGGCGUCGGCGAGAGGCCGGCUUUGGGGGUCAGAAUGGUGCUGGGUUCAGAUCUGGGCUUCAGUUCUCCCCCUUGUGACCUUGGGCAAGUCGCCUCCCUUCUAGGGACCCAGAAGAGCCUCCACCAAACGAGGAGGCCCAGCCGUGGGGAUCCCCUUGCUGUGGAUCGGACCCAUCUGUCGAGGGCUCUGACGGCAGAGUCGGCGCCUUCAGGGCCCCGGUGGCCGGUCUUACCUCUGGGCCCAGGUCCCCGUGGCCAGCACUUAGUAGGUGCUUCAUCAGUGCCGGGAGAUGGAAGGACUGUCGAAGAAAGCACCGCCGGCGCCGCUUCUCCAGCGCGCAGGCGCUUCUUGGCCCCCUUUAUGAUGUCAAGAGCACGGAUUGUGAGGAAGCCGGGUUCUGAGCGGCCUUCAGGCACCCUCCAGGAGCCAGCGCUCUCGCCAGAAGCAGAGGCAGCGGAGCUCCAUGGCCACGAGCUCUCCGCUGGCCACGCAAGGCCCCUUGUAUAGAGAGUGCCUGUGACCUCCCGACGGAAUAAAGGAGAGAAGAUGCUUGGGGAAGUCCUGGCAAAAUGAUGGCCCCGUUCUGAUUAACAACAGCCACAAGACUCCCUGGGAAUAUGAAGCACACUCAUCCACUCCCGAAGAUGCCGACUGGACGUCAUUGUCUCCUAGACUUCAGCCCCAAACCGGAAAGGAUCGACUUCAUCCUAGUGUGGGAAGAAAUAGGUUCAAAAAAGGAAGACAAGGGCAAGAGGAAAAAUAAAAAGGCGAAGAGGAAGGAAUACGCACACCGCAUCUGGAGGUGGAAGUUCUUGGAGCAACUUCAAGCUACUGGGAUUCACAUGGAACAGCAUAUAGUUAAGAGUAGAAAGAGAUCCAUACACUAUGUCCUGCUUGGUGCCCCCUGGACCGUCCUCUGUCAUCAUGCCGAGAUUCUCAGGAUAAAGAUGCCCCUGCAGGCCAUGCCGAGUCAGGCCUCGAACUGGUCCGACAACCUCAUGCGGAAGCUGGGCAUCUGGAACCCGCUCUACCAGGAGGUGCCCCAAACGCCGCAAGACUACUACACGUACCCGUUCCAGGAGAGCGAGUUGUCCAGGUUCCUGGGCAGCGAGAAUCCGCAGACCUUCUUUGCCAGCACCCAAAGGCACAAGAUUGUCUAUGAGAUCCUGGAGAAGACACCGUUUGGGCAUCAAAGAAGGGGCCUGUUUGGGAUCCAGCAGCUGCUCUCCCAGAAAGUCUUCCACGCAGCCUUCCCUCCACACGACGGCCCCUACCAAAUCCCUGCCAAGGGCCUGGCCCCUCACGAGCUGAACCAGCGGCAGAUCCUCUUCCGCUACUGGGCCAAGUGGAGCAAAUGGAGGAAGUAUCAGCCCAUGUACCACAUCCGAAGGUACUUCGGGGAGAAGAUAGCCUUCUACUUUGCCUGGCUGGGGUUUUACACGGCGUGGCUGCUGCCGGCGUCGGUGUUCGGGAUCGUGGUGUUCCUCUCGACCUUCUUCGGCUCCAGCGCAGACGUCCCCACGGACGAGAUCUGUAACGCUUCCUUGGACUACGAGAUGUGCCCCUCGUGCGAGGACUGCCCGUUCUGGAAGCUGUCCACCAUCUGCGAGGCCGUGAAGACCGGCCAGCUCUUCGACAACAAGGGGACCGUCAUCUUCAGUGUGUUCAUGUCUCUGUGGGCAGUGAUGUUCCUGGAGAACUGGAAGCGGAAGAGCGCCAGGCUGGCCUAUCAGUGGGACUGUUUGGACUCCAAGGAGCAGCCUCUGCCCCCGUUUGCCGUCAUGGCCCCUCUGACAUCCUGGGACCUGAUCACUGACCAAGAAGAGCCCGACACCCCCCAAAAGAAUGAUUUCCUGCACAUCUUUGUGGCAGCCUCCAUCGUUGCUGCCAUGGCGGCCGUCGUCACGCUGCUCUUGAUAGCCAUCAUCCUGUACCGCGCAGGCAUCGCCAUCUUGGUGUCCAAGUCCAGCAACAUCUUCUUCUUGACGUGGGGAGCGCAGAUUGCCAACUUCACCAGCGCCCUGUUGAAUCUUUCCUUCAUCCUCCUCCUGAUUAAAAUCUAUAUCCCGAUUGCGUAUGUGCUGACCAGCUGGGAAAUGCACAAGACGCAGUCCAAGUUCGAAGACGCGCUUGUCUGGAAGGUGUUCGUUUUCCAUUUUGUCAACAUCUAUUCCGUUCCCAUCUACAUCGCCUUCUUCAAGGGCAGGUUUUCAGGUUACCCGGGACACUACGGCACCUUCUUCGGCAUGCAGAAUGAAAACUGCAUUAAUAAUAGCUGUCUUAUCGAGCUUGCCCAAGAAAUGCUAGUCAUCAUGGUGGGGAAGCAAAUCUUCAACACCCUGUUGGAAAUCUUCAUUCCGAAACUGCAGUCAUGGAAACAUAAGCACAAGCUUCGUUCCAGUCGUAAGAGGAAGAAGGAGAAGACCUCGGAGAUCCUUUGGGAGGCCAACUAUGAGCUUCUGGAAAGUCAAGGGCUGUUUCAGGAAUACCUGGAAAUGGUGAUACAGUUUGGCUUCAUCACCAUUUUCGUGGCCUCCUGCCCUCUCGCUCCCCUGUUCGCCCUCCUCAAUAAUUGGCUGGAGAUCCGCACCGACGCCCAGAAGUUCGUCUGCCAGUACCGGCGCCCCAUGGCAGAAAAAGCCCAGAACAUCGGCAUGUGGUUCUUCCUUCUGCAGUUUAUCACCCAUUUGGCCAUCAUCAGUAAUGCUUUCCUCAUCGCCUUCACGUCCAACUUCCUGCAGAGGACCUACUACAAGUACGCCUACGCCUGGGACCUGCACGGCUACACCAACUUCACGCUGGCCCAGGCCCCGGGGGCCUUCGUUGCCAAAUACAACCACACGUGCAGGUCCUGCCUUGAGAAUCUCUCUGAGACAAACGAGGAGCUCAAAGACGCAGAACCGAACCUGGAAUCCGGAAACGAGAAAGCUCGCAGGAAGGCCUCGGCCGGCGAGGAAGAGCCGGGUGGGCACGACAGAGCCUCGUCCAUCUCUGGGCCUGGGAUGAGCGGAGGGGCCGGAGCCGAAGCCAUUUGGGCCCUUCCGCCCCCCCCCAACCCCCCCUCCUGAUGGACGCCGGAGCCGCACGAGCCUCCCCUCCCCCUCCAGUCGCGCCUCCGGAUUGGAACCAAAGGACCAGGGAAGCGCCGGGCCGAGGCCCGGGACGCUUGGCAGGGGCAGCAUCUGGCCGGACGUGCUCAGGCUGACGUCUGUCAUUGCCGGGGUGGCUCGUCCGUUGGGCGGCUGCCAUCUCCGUGGGAGACUGAGGGGAAGCAGGCGGGAGCGUGGGGGGGGGGGCGGCUUCUCGGGUUUCCUCUGCUGGGUUGGGCUAUUUCGGGACCCGUCUUGUGCCUCGUUUCUCGUCAAUAAAGUCGUGGACCGAC